AUGAACAUCAGUCUCCGAUCCAGCGAGUCUUCCUACGGAGACCCUCGAUACCUGUCCACGGCCACCGUCUCCGAUGUCCACGCCCCCUCGCCCCUAGGGAAAACCCUCGUCGAUGGCUAUCGUGAUGCGGCCAACCCCCAGAAUGAAGACCGGGCGCGGUACAAUCCGCUCAACCCGGCACACCCCCGAAGCUCCGCGCUUGUCAACACCAGCGACCCUGUCACCAUGUAUUUAUUAACCGAGACCGCCAUGGGCGACAGCACGAACUACGAGAUCUUGUCAUUCGAAGAGGUGGAAGACCUCAAGAAAGAGCGCUCGCUCCUAUCCAGCCGGAUCGAAGGCACCAAGCGCAAACUCACCCUCGAGACCAAGCUCCGCGACGCAGCUCAAUCCAUCGGCAGACUAUACGGCCCGCCUAGCCCCCGAAGCAGCGGUGAAUAUGGCGCCAAUGGCAAGGCGCACCGGAGGAGCCGCAGUAUCUUUGGCCGUAGCGGAACCGCCCAAGUACUCGAUAAAAGUGACUCGGAACUGGCUAUGAGUCAGCGCAAGUGCGAAGAGUUGGCGCAGGAGCUUUGGAAACUGGAAAAUCGGUCUCAGCACAUUAACCAACGCUUGCUGGAGCACACGGCUGGUGUCUUGCAGAUGACCCAUAAAGGGUUAAGAAAGACCCCGAAGAACCCGGAUGCGCAGGCUUCUGAUCUUGACGAGGGAUAUGACUUUGAUGACCGCCAUCUUUACCGAACACCGGAGCAUAUGGAUCACUACGGAUUAAAUGGACGCAUUGAUAUCAACCCCGCAGCGGCUUCCGUGGUGGGCAACGAGGCUAUGCAAGCCACGGAAAGGCGACUGGACGAACUGAGCCAGCGAGUGUGCAAUAUGAUGGUUCAAUCUACUCCUGAUGAAUUCGUCGACCCCCCGCCACAAUUGCACGACUCGACCGACCCUGCAGGAAAUAUCGAUGCGCAUUUGGCGUAUAUCGAAAGUGGCAUGAACUCUCUUGCUUCCCGCGGUCCGCUCCCAAACCUCGUUGGCCCUGGUACUGCCCCCGAAGCUGAGGGAGCAUGGCGACAGCACCUCACGGUGAUCAACACCCGAGUCCAGAGCAUCGUCGACCGCUUUGGGCUGACUCGAUCGCCCACUCUGCCUCCUCCCCCAAGCGCAACUGAUGGCGAGGGAUUAGAGGAGCAACUCGGAUAUCUUCAAACCGGUAUCGACGGGUUGGAAAGCCGGGUGGAUGGCCUGAUAGAGCAGAAAAGUAUCUUGACUACUCAAAUCCAGCAGCAGCGUGAACUCAACUCCAAGUCGGAUGCGGAACGUGAUGCCCACAUUGGUGAUCUGACUGAGCAGCUGGCCCAUAUGCGCAAGGAGCAUGAAACUUCCCAGCGCGAGGGCAAGGCCGCUCAGGACGAACUAGCUGCGUUAAUGGAGCAGCUCGAGGGUAUGCGCAAUAACGGCUCUACUCAAGAAGAGAUGAAGGCUGCCCUGGUGCAAGCCGAAGGAGAAGUCGCUCGCCUGCACAGUGUUGUUGACUCGUUGCAAAACGAGGUUGACAUUCGUGCUCAAGAGGCCAUGGAGGCCCGUGAGCGUGCAGACCAGGGAUCCGCUCACCUAGAAGCCAGUAUCAAGCAAUCCCGCGAAGAGGCAGAUAUUCGUGUGCAGGAAGCUGUGGCAGAGGCUGUUCAGGAGGCCAUUGAUCGCCGUGUGCAGGUGGAGAAUCAACUCGCAGCGACCGAAGUGCAACGCGCAGAAAUGGAAGCUCAGCUUGCACAUGCUGAAGAACGUCGUGCUCAGGUCGAGGCUCAGAUUGCACAAGUUGAAGAGCGUCGCAUCGAGGUUGAAGAACGUUUUGGCGAGUUUGAAUCCCAGAUUGCAGAUGUUGAAGAGCGUCGCAUUGAGGCUGAAGAACGGUGUGUUGAGAUUGAGACUCAGAUUGCGCAGGUUGAUAAGCGCCGCAUGGAAGCUGAAGAGCGUUGUGCUGAUGUCGAAUCUGAGAUGGAGCGGGUUGAGGAGCGUCGCGUCGAGGCUGAAGAGCGUUGUGUUGAGCUUGAAGGCCUGCUUGUGGAGGCUGAAAAGCGUCAUGCCGAGGCCAGCCGCAACAUGACACAGGCUGAUGAACAAGAAGCCCUAGCAGAGCGACUUGCCGUGGCUGAAGAGAAGCGAACCGAAGCGGAAAACCAGCUUUCACAGGCUGAAGAACAACGUGCCCAGGCUGAGGCGAAUGCGGAGCGUGCUCAGAAGGAGAUGACUGAUCUUGAGGGCGAAGUUGUGCGAAUCACAACCGAACUUACAAUGGUCAAGGCAGAGCUGGACGGUGCUUACGGUACCCGGGCGCAGCGAGCUGCGGAGGUGGCUCUCAAUCCUGAAAUUCAAAAGGAGAUCGAUGCCCUCAAUACACGCAAUAUUGAGUUGGCAGAGGAGCUAGCCGAGCUUCGGGGCAAGCAAGGUGGUGGUGACAUCCAGAAACGCGCGGAUACCCUGGAGAAGGAGCUCCGGGAGACUCUAGAUGAUUACGAGGCCAUGACCAAGGCCAGCAUUGAGUUUGAGAAGGAGCGUGAGCGGUUCGAAGGUGUCAUAGAUAGUCUGCGCGAUCGCUGUGAGCAAUUGGAGACCCAGCUGAGCGAGGAGCGCAUUAGUUGGAUGAACCUGAGCAGUCCAACAACAAUGGGCCGCGACCCUACCAUGGAGACGACCUCCACAAUGGUCCUGAAGAACGAGUUCAAGAAGAUGAUGCGCGACACUCGAAACGAAAAUAUGAAGAUUUUAAAGGCGGAACAAGAAGAGCGUCGCAGAAUCGAAGGAUUGUUGCGGGCCCUGAGAAAGGAACACGCUCAAGUGACGGGCAAACCCUUGCCCAGUCCUGUUGGAACCCCAUUAUGA